CUCUUUUCUCACUUUCGCAGUUCACUCGAAAUUCAAAAUGCACUCCCAACAACAAUCUUUCAUAUUUCCUUCGGAAACCCUAGGUCUCAGAAACUCCAAAAUUCAACUAAUCCUCUACUGAUUUUGAUUCAAUUUCGUUACCUUCGAUUCGAUCCAGUGGUUCCUUCAGAUCGCAAUGGGCUCGAGGGUGGCCGAAGAGCACUGCAACACCGAGACCGACGAAGGCACAGUCGCUAUCCAAAAGAAGCGGUCGAGGCGGGUGAGCUUCGCCGAGAUUACUUCGGUUCACGUCUUCGACAGGGACGACGACUACGAGACACCUCCAGACUCUAAACCUAGCUCCGAUGAACCCGAAUUAGGGCAACACAAUGAUGAGUUGGACUUUCUUGACUUCAAGGACUCCUCUCAGAAUGAAGAAGAGGACGGAGAUAAUGGCGAUGAAUUCGAUGACAGGCGCUCUUUCCUGCGGCCGAUGGAGUCGCCUUCUCCUGGAAGUACCAUUGGUUCCGCCACAUCCAAUGAUGAAGAAAAUUUUUUUGGCCCUGUAUCAGCUAGUUUUAUUAGACCUGGACGGCUAUCAGACUCUGCAGCUUCAGAUGAUAAUCAUGACAUUACCAUGGAUUCAACUGCUUUCUCAAUGCAUUUCCGUAGCCUCGCAAGGUCAGAGUCAGGAGGAGACCUGAAGACCCCAACAGGAGUUCACCUUUCCUUUGAAGGGAAAACACCAACCCAGGAUACCAUCCCCACUGAUCUAGGAAGUUCCAUGUUACUAACUGAAGCUAAGAAACCUAUUUCUCAAUCCUAUCUGCCCAUUAAUAAAGUAAGUGGGGGUAGUGAUUCUAAUGAUAUGAGUCUUAUUGGAGAAAACCCUCGUAGUUAUGACUAUGGUAGAUUGUCUCCUGCACUGAAUGCCCUCUUGGCUGAAGGCAGCAAGGAUUUGCAAACUAUCCCUCUUUCUCAUAAUACCAGUAUUUCAAAAUCACCAAUAAGCACUGGAAAUAAGUCUUCACCAUCAAAGAGACAUUGGGGUGGCCCAAUGAAGCUAAAUGACGAUAGAGCUAAAGGAAUGAGCCAUGUUGGUACUCAUGAUGUGCCAGCUGAGGCAGUUUCCGUUGCUGCUCAUAAUGAGUUGGGUGAGGCAAAUGGUGGUUCUAAAUCUUCUCCUAUUCGUCAGAUCAUUUACAAUUUCUCAUCUAAUACACAUGAGGCUCCAGCUUCUGAUCCCUUGAUCAAUCAGCCAAACUGGUCACCUAAUAAGUUAGCAAAGGGCAAGCUGUUUGGUAAGAGUAAGGACUCUGUUAAAGAUGCUUUUGAAAUGAUGAGUCCGUAUUUGGAAUUAUCUUCUGUUAAUCGUGGUACCUUAUUGAAUCAAGAUAGUAAAGUUCUUCAGUUAGAUAUGGUUGCACGGAGUGAACAUGGAUCUCCAUGGACAGGGUCCAUAUCCCCGUUCGCUAAAGAAAGAGAAAUAUUCAUGGAUAGUGUUAGUCCAUCCAAACAUUCAUGGAAUGCGACUCCUUCCCGGAAACAACCAGGUUCCUUUGUAAGUGAUUCAACCAGAAAACAUGGUGGAAGUGUAUCGUCCAUUCAGAAAAGCAUUUCUAAACUCAAAAUGCUUGAGACUUCUCCCUUUUCUUCUCUCAAAGCUAAGAUUGAUUCAGGACUUAUAACAUCAGAUAUUUUUAAGACUCCUCCCUUUGAUACUCUGUUGGAGAAAAACCACAAUGAUGCUCAAGUCAAACUUGUGGAUGCUUCCGUUGAUUUUUCUCAAGAGAAUUUAUUAGUUGCUGCUCAAAAGAGUGGAGAAAACAAGAGCUUGAUCGACAUGGAUGGAAAUGAUUUUGAAACUGCAAAAAACAUUGUAGAUAUAAUUCAUCCUGAAGAGUCCACGGGCCUUGUAAAAGGUGGAAGAUCUCAAAAUCCUAUGUCUAAAGGGUUCCUUUUAAGAGAUCAACCUAUUGACGUUACACCAUCUGCGGCUUCACGCUCUCAGUUGAAUUGUUCAGGACAGAAGACACAGCAAAAUCCAUUGCUAUCAGAAACUCCAAGUGAAGGGACAUUGGUUACUUCUGGAACCGAUUCCUUGUUGGCAGAGAUCACAUUUAACUAUAUAGAAGAUAAGAAAUCAACUGGUACACCUAAUAAGUUUGUUCCUUCUCCAGUACAAGAUGUGGAUUCAAUUAAAAAUGUUACUAGUUCUAGAAUUGUUGAUAACUCGGAACAUAUGUUUAUGGUAAGAGCACAGUCUAGCUCACCUUUCAUCAAACCGAAUCAUUCCAAGAACUUCACCGGAGCAGAAACGAUGGAUGACAGAUAUACCAAGCUUCAUGGUCUGCAAGAUGAAUCUGGAACCAUGGGGAACUCCCAAACCCCUCAAAUGGAUAUGGACGCCCCUAAUUCUCAAUCUAAAAUUGUGGGCAGUAAUCUCCAAACUGGGACAGACCCAGCAAGGUUUAGCAAGGUCCUUUCUGCGAGAGGGAUAAAGGCCUCUUCUGGUGGUUCUGAUUCUCCAUUUGCCUGUAGGAGUGCUAAUGAGACUCCUCUUCGGAAGAAUCUGGUGGAAUGUUUUAGUCAAAGCCUCUCAGGGAAAGAACUCUGUGAUGUGGUGGAGAGUGACAAUUCCCAUUCCUUUGUCAUGGAAGAUGUACUAUAUCCCAGUUCCAAUCUAUUGACAAAUAGAUCUGAGAGCCUUUCUGCACGGAAGAGAACAAGGGAAGAAAUGAUACCCAGGGACCAAGAUUAUCUGGAUGAAGCCGCCAGGAUCCAAAGGAGUCCAAAAGUUCAUAAAAGUUGGGGAUUUGAUUCAGAAUUAUUGUUGGAAUAUCCUAGUAAAAGUAAAAAUGAAACAUCCACCAUUGGAGGUGACACAAAAUUGAAGCAUUGGGCUGAUGUUUUCUCAAAAUUUACGGGAGAUACAAAACAGCUGCUUUCUCCAUUAAUUGAUAAGCUUAAUUUACCAGCGAUUGAUGUGCUGGAAGAUACUUUGGUUGGUAUACAGAGGUUGAAAAAAUAUGAGAUGCUUUGCGCUGAUAUUCGAUCUCAGAAAACAUUUGACCAUUUCAGUAAUUCUCAUCAUAAAAGAAUAGGCGAGACAUCGAUGUUGUUGCAAAGAAUUGUGCAUAGACAUGCCAAAUUGCAAUUGAGCUGUUUGAAACGAGAGAUAUUACUGAAAAAGUUACAACAAGUGAGCUCCGGAAUACAGGAAUCUCAAAAGUUAAAAUUGCAUUAUUUGCCACUUUUGUCUGUACCAUCAUCUGCAAGGAAUGCUCAAGUUAAUGGUAGUCAUCUCCAAUCUGUUUCAGUUGAUUUCAGGGGCACAGAAGAGGCUGCCCUUGACAGAAUCACUGCAAUGAAGCUGGUAUUUGAAGCUUCAGACAGAAAAAUUUCAAACUUGAUCAAAUCUUUUCAAACUUGUUGUAAGAUGAAGGGAGAACCAAACUGUGCUGAAACUAUUGAAUUAGUCAAUGAUCAUUUGAAGAAGAGGGCAUGUUGCAGGUCUUUACGCCUUGAUUUGCAGUUAUGGGAAGUUGAUAAUCUGGAGAGUUGGAACUGUCAUCACAAUAUUGUUCUCAGCUACCUCGGUUUCAUCAUUCAGAGGUUUACAAUAAAUGUUGGUCCUGUUUCAAGCAUAGUUAUUUCAAAUAAAUUGAAUAAUGUAAAGAUCUUGGAGAUUUUUCCAAAUUUGGAUGCUUGCACUGCUUUUGCAUUUGUGUUUAAUGGUGAUACCACUCAGAAAUAUGUUGGUCCUAGAAGUCUGAUGCAAGAAACACAAAUAACCGGUUCACUUUUAGGCAAUUUGCUUGAUGUGGUUGAGGAGGUACAACUAGCACAAUUGGAACUCCAAAAUCUGAUCCAGACAAGUUUUAAUUCUUCAUCUGUUGAGCAACUUGAUUUGCAGCUCUGUUUCAUCAAUUUUCAUAGUGGCAGGAAGGCUAUGCUGAUUCUUGACAUGUCAUGUUUGAAUCGUGCUAUCUAUUGAUGGUUGGCAUACUGGAAAUUUGUUGAAAGUACACCUUCGUUUGCCCUCGUGACAUCCUCUGAGACCAAUACAGAAAGUCAUAAAAAGAGUUCAGGUGUAUCUAUUGUAAAAUUCUAGUAGUAUUGUUAGGGAACAUCGUCCAAAACUACCUUUUUCCUCGUUGUCUUGCUAUGGUUGCUCCAGCAUGUUUACAUAAAUUUGCACGUACUUUAAUGUAGAAACAACUCAAUAAAGCCUUUUCACAACUAUUUAGGGUUGACUACAUGAAUCUUCUGCCAUUCUGCUGUAAGACCACAACCCCAGUUAAACUACCUGCAGAUAAAGUAAAUGUACACACAUAUGCAAUUGUGUAUAUUAAUUUUUGUGACCAUUGUGACCUUUAAUAAUUGCAACUGGCAACUCGUGUUUACGUUGAGCUUGCAUUCUGUCCUAAUACCAUGGACCUCAAGUAAAAAUCAUUCCCUUGGCAUUAGGUUGAAAUCUUCCAUUUUUCAUGUUCAUAUGGGCUUGAGUGUUUGGCACUAUCGUUUCAAAUGUGAUGCAUUCCUCUUCUUUUCAUGAACCUUUAGACUGUCUAUAAAAGUUCGGCUGCUACCAAAGCUUCUACUUUUAAUUGAACAUCACGUUAUUGAUGAUUUCAGUUAGUAGGUUGAAGUAAAUGAUAUUAGUUAUAUGUGUACUGUUCACAAAAUGAUCCUUAUUGUAGAAGGUUGGUUAGGGGUUCUUUUCAAUGAGUUAACAAUGCAGAGAAUGGUGUGGGUUAUAACAACCUGGGUGAGAGCAGGGCAAUCUAGAGAGAGCAAGUUUAGUACUUAGUAGUGGUGGCCCCGGAAAUAUGUUUCCUAGCCCAAGCAACACCAAGGCAAGUCCCAUGCACUGGGGGCUUAAUCUUCUUUCUCCCAAAUCAGACAGAUUGGAUGGCUUAUCUAGAUGUUCAGGUGUAUGAUGUUAACUGACAAGUUACUUGUGGCAAACUGAAAUAACCACUUGGACCUGCCAUCUGGAAUGCUGGAACCUGUUAAUGGAGUGAGUAAUGGGCAAAUACAACCAUCAGUGUUACAGAGCUCUUGUGGUAGCACUAGGUAAGAGGUCUGCACCAUUUUAAGGCUGGGAGGCAGCCUCAUUUGCUCCAGGCUUUGACGUGUGGUAACACUUGGGCUUGUUCCCUAUUCCAUCCAUGAAACCAAGGAACCUGAAAAAUCUCAGCUGAUCUUAAUGCAACGGCAAAGUUAACCUG